UUUAGCCACCACUAACGCAGGCACACGCCAUCGCCAAAGAAAAAAUCAAAUUUCUUUUUUCGCGUCACAGAAAGUGUUUAGUUCUAUUCUUCUCCUAAAAUCAUUUUUUUGCCAUUUAAGCGGUAAUUCUCACUACUCUUUCAUUAAAGAUUCGAACAUGGAUAUAGGUUUAAGUCUGGAUGAGAUUAUACAGCGUAAGCGUGGAGUUGUAGAUAAAAAAUUUAAGCCACGAAAAGUAUUUAAGAAACCGGCAUAUAAACCGGAUGCAAUUCCAUUUGAUGCCAGGAAUAAGAUUAUACAAAAGACGCGAGCGAAAAUCAGUGACGCCCGUGAGAUACUCAAUCAGAAUAUAAGAGCAUCGGGCAUUGAUGCCCGGCAAUUGAUCCAUAACCGCAAGAAGAAGCACCAUCAGCGGCAUCAUUAUCGUCAUCGUUCUGGAGGUUGUGGUAGUGGUGGUGGUGGCUCUGGGCGUUUUUCGACGCCACCAGUAUUGCCGACCCUAGCUGUGUUUGAGAAUCAACAGGAACAGAAUCUGAUCACAGUAAUCAAUCGCGGUGCCCGGCAAUUGAUCCAUGAUCGCAAAAAGGAGCACCAUCAGCAGCAGCAUUAUCAUCAUAAUUCUGGAGGCGGUGGUGGUGUUAGUGGUGUUGGUGGUACUGGUGGCUUUGGUCGUUGUUCGCCGCCACAACUAUUGCCGUCACUAGCUAUGCUUCAGAAGCACCUGGAAGAGGAACAGAAUCUGAGAACAACAACCAAUCGUGGUGCCCGGAAAAUGAUCCAUGAUCGCAAACAGGAGCACUAUCAGCAACAGCAGCAUUAUCAUCAUAAUUCGGGCGGUGGUGGUGUUAGUGGUGGAGGUGGUAGUACUGUUGGUGGUGGCUCUGCUCGUUAUUCGCCGCCAUUAGUGUCACUAGCUGUGCUUCAGAAGAACCUGGAAGAGGAACGGAAUAUGAGAACAAAAACCAAUCGUGGUGCCCGGCAAAUGAUCCAUGAUCGCAAACAGGAGCAACAGCAGGACUAUCAUCAUAAUUCUGGCGGCGGUGGUGUUAGUGGUGGAAGUGGUAGUACUGGUGGUGGUGGAGGUGGUAGUACUGGUGAUGGUGGCUCUGCUCGUUAUUCGCCGCCAUUAGUGUCACUAGCUGUGCUUCAGAAGCACCUUAAAGAGGAACAGGAAGCACGUGCACGUGCCCAGCAUAUGAACCCCUGGGAUUCUCUUCCGAAUGAUGAGGCCAAUAACUUCUACACACCCAGCUAUGUCGAUCAUGAUAAUGUGGAACACAUGGAGAUGGAGGAUAUUAAUAGCUCUUUGCAUAUUAGUGGUGGUGGUGGUUAUCAGAAAAUAUCUUCGGCUCGCUCUCCAUUUCGUACCAAUGCUGCUGGCAUGGAUGAUGUAGAAAUGCACUCCUCCAAUAUGCCAGGCGAUCCAUUUGGCAUCUAUGAUCCGUCACGUAAUCGCAUAGAGCGACCCACUUUCCUUCAGCCACCAUCUGCGUCAAGGACUGAGAAGCACCUCUUUGAGCGACGUGGUCCCUCCCAUCAUUCUCCACCACCACUAAAUGAUCAGCAACAGCGAAAUUUAUUGGCAACAUCCAAUUUGCCAGAUUCUCUGACGGGUCUCUUUAGGUCUGAACCCGAUAUGUGCCUCUCCCAUGGCAUUUAUGCCAAUGAAAAUGGGCAUGUUUCUACUACUUAUGGUCUCCCACCAACUGAUGGUGUACGUCCACCGCCAUCUCUACUAGAUGUUGUUGCCAAUAAUAAGUCAGGUUAUCGGGUUCUGGUUAGAAAUCUUCAUGUCGAUGUCACCACCGGUGAUAUACGUGAGCUCUUCAAUGAUAUUGGACCCAUAUACAAUGCCCAUGUGGUGCGUCCAGGCACAGCAGAAGUGAUCUACACAUCUCUGGAGCAUGCCCAAAUGGCUGUAGAUUCGUAUCAUCAGCGCGAAUUUGAUGGACAACCCAUGCAUUGUGUUUUAAUCAAUCCGGAUUCGUGUUUCCGUUCAGUCAAUUACUCGGCAAAUUUCCAUUCCAACAAUGGCUCGCUCACUGUCACCACCAAUUCGUCGGGCGUCGAAGUUGACAUUGAUGCAUUACACUCUGUGCUCUUUCGUGAUCGCUAAAUUACCAUUGUCGGCACAAGGGUUAGGCAAUUUGCAUUCAUUUCAAUUCACUCAUACACGCUUUCUCCUGAAACUUACACGAUACACACACAACAUUAACAGCGUGGACAACACAUUACGGCUCCGAUUUGUACGGCCUAUUCUGUACCGGUGGCUCAAACUGGUAUUGAAAGAACCACUUCUGGACCUUUCUAACUAUAUAUAAAUAUAUAUAUAUUUUCCUGAACAGUAUAAAUAAACGAAUCGACCUAGCCGACUACGACCUCCUUGUCUGUCUGUACCAGUUUUCCGUAUGGGUUGUUUAUCAGUCCCUAUAUAAAUGAACCGGUUUAGUAUAUAACUAGAUAAAGUUUUAAACGCCUCCCACUCAUAAUUCGAUACCACAUACCAAACUUAUAAUUAGUAUACUUUAAUUUGUCUGACGUAGUGAAUGAAUGUAAGUCUACUGCUCGGUACAGGUUAUUUGAAAGUCGGUGUCCGACUUUACGUCUCAGAUCUUUUUUUCUUAUUCCGUUUAUACAUUUAUG